CCAACAAUUACUUUAUUGAGUCAAAUACCAUUAAAAUAUUUUAACAAAAAUGAACCCAUGUUUCGAAACUGGAUUAAAUCACAUAAAAGGCAAAUGACGAGAAUUUGCCGCCGGGUUUUGUCGGGGCUCGGGGUCGACGAAAUAGGCCCUCCCUUUGGGACUACAAAUACAUUAAUGGUAAGCGUAAUGGUGUCGAGGAAUACAAGACAUUCACAGAAGUGUUUCCCGAUCUGUGGCCACAUCUCAAAGAGGAACCGAUUGAGACAAACGAUGAGCUGAUGUCCGCACGACUGGCCUCUGGCAAGAAGAGCGACACAAUUGUAUAUAAAGACGGCUUCUUAGGUGUGAGGGGAUAGUCACCCGACGAUCACAAUUCAACCCCAAUAAUAAUAUACAUGUUUUUGCAAUUUAAUUGUUAUUUUUAUUUAAUUUUAUGAUAACAAGAAAAGAGUGAAUAAAAUCUAAUAUGAAAAUCAGUGACAAAAUAUACUUGUAAUCAAAUGUUUAGCAAAAAUCAUACAAAUAAAUAUAUCUGGAAUUAUUAUUAA